UCUGUCACGAACUUGUGGCCGCCUGGCAGUAUCUUCUUGAAAUGGUCGCUAGCGGGAUUACUGGCCAUACAAGGCCGACCAAGGUUAAGAAGCGAGCUGCUUUGCAGAAGAGAAAGCGCGAUGAUGUAGAUGUGGAAAAGUUGGAGCAAGCAGUUGAGCAGCUUGACCCCAACAAUGGCUCUUAUCGGCACUUCACCGAUCUUCCCCUCUCCGAUCCUACAAAACAAGGCCUCAGGUCCGCCCAUUUCGCUGUCAUGACUGACAUCCAGGCCAGAGCACUCCCUCUCGCUCUCAAGGGCCAUGAUAUACUAGGUGCCGCGAAGACAGGAAGCGGCAAGACUCUGGCUUUUGUGGUACCAGUCUUAGAGAAUCUGUACAGACUCCAGCAUGUUGGCGUCGACGCGGGUUUGGGUGCUUUGAUCAUAUCCCCUACCCGAGAGUUAGCAAUACAGAUUUUCGAUGUUCUGUGUAAGAUUGGGAAACACGGUCACGUGUUUGCCGCCGGACUCGUCAUCGGAGGGAAGAGCUUGGAGGCUGAACGACAGGCUUUGACAAGAAUGAACAUCCUGGUUGGUACGCCUGGACGUAUCCUCCAGCACCUGUCGCAGACUGUGGCAUUUAACGUGGACGAUUUGAAGAUGCUGGUCCUGGAUGAAGCAGAUCGGAUCCUUGACAUGGGUUUCCAGAGGGACGUGGACGCCAUCGUCGACUACCUGCCCAAAGAGAGACAAACGCUGCUGUUCUCCGCAACACAAUCUAGGAAAUUGUCGGAUCUGGCGCGCUUGAGCCUCCAGGACCCGGAGUAUAUUUCCGUUCACGCCGAGGACAAGAGCGCGACCCCCCAGACGCUUCAGCAAAACUAUAUCAUCUGUCCACUCGAGGAGAAAUUAGAUACAUUGUGGAGUUUCAUUCAAGCGAGCAAAAAAUCUAAAAUCAUUUGCUUUUUCUCGUCUGCAAAAGCCGUCCGAUUUGUAUACGAAUCCUUCCGCCAUAUGCAACCUGGUAUUCCACUCCUUCAUAUUCAUGGCCGGCAAAAGCAGGGGCAACGAUUCGACACGACCGCAAAGUUCUCAGCUGCAAAAUACUCUUGUCUUUUUGCGACAGACGUUGCAGCUCGAGGUCUUGACUUCCCAGCCGUCGAUUUUGUAAUCCAGAUAGACUGCCCUGAGGACGCUGAUACUUACAUCCACCGUGUCGGUCGGACAGCCCGGUACAACCGACAAGGACGAGGUGUUCUAUUCCUCACACCCGGCGAAGAGGAGGGCAUGUUGAAACGCCUUGAAGCUAAGAAUGUUCCCAUCGAACGAAUCAAUGUGCGCCAGAGAAAACGGCAAUCAGUCAAGGACCAAUUAGUUCAUAUGCUCUUCAAGGAUCCAGCGCUCAAAUAUCUCGCACAGAAGGCCUUCAUUACUUGUGUCAGGUCUCUCUCUCUCCAGAAGGACAAGGACAUUUUCCAUCUCACAGAAUACGAUCUAGAGGCAUAUGCGGCAAGUAUGGGCCUGCCAGGAACACCUAGGGUCAAAUUCCUGGAAGAGGGCAAUGCAAAACAAAAGAAGCAGACCUCAAGAGAUGAACUUGCGGUAUCUGGGUCCUCGGGUGAGAGCGAAGAUGGCAAAGACGGCCCCGCGACAAAGAAAGGGAAACUUGUCCGAACAAAAUACGAUCGCAUGUUCGAGAGGCAGAACCAAGAUGUUUUGGCGGACCACUACAAGAAUCUUGUUAGAGACGAUGAUGCAGAAGAAGCACCCGAGUCGGAAUACAAUGCUUAUGAUGAUGACGACUUCCUUGCUGUUAAGAGACGGAUACCGGCCAGACCUGAUCUCUCGGAUAUAGCAUCUGAAGACGAUGCAACUGCCACGAGGAUGCGUAAAGUUGUCAACCUUGAAGGAGCUGCCCAGCCUCUUAUCAUUGACAGCAACCGUCGCGAAAAGCUACUCAAGUCGAAGAAGAAACUACUCAAGCUGAAGGAUAGGGGUAAGAAGCUCGUCUAUGAUGACGAUGGCAAUCCCCACGAGGUCUAUGAGCUCGAAGACGAAAACGAUUUCAGGGCGAAGGGCUUACCGGAGGAUCAGAGGCAGAAGUUCCUCCAAGAGGCAAGAGAAGUCGUUCAGAAUGCAGAUGUAGAGGAUAAGGCUACUGCGAAAGCGAAGAAAAAGGAGAAGAUACGGAAGAAGAAAGAGCGUGAAACGAUGGAGAAGGAAGAUGAUGACAACGAUAGCCGUGUUGGACUUGAAGACAAUGAGGAAGAUGGUCUCGCGAACUUUAGAGCUGAUGCGGAGGUUAGUGAUGUUGAGGCUGAUGAAAUGAAGAGAUCCAAGAAAUGGUUCCAGUCAGAUUCAGAGGACGAGGACGAAAGCAAGAAAGGAAAGAAAGGAAAGAAAGGAAAGAAAGGAAAGAAGACGGGGGCUCGCCAAAUUGUGGAGGAGCCUGAAACCUUGGAAGAUAUGGAGGCUCUUGCCGCAGGUCUACUAGGGUGAAAUUUCCUCAAAUCGACUGUGGGUCGAUUCUACGAUACAAAGGCAUCCCGGGAUUGCACGUUCCCAAGAAGUGUCAGGUAACGGCUCCCGUGAAAGGGAGGCUAGAUUGUAAGCACGAAACGUCUCAGACAAUAAGCAAAUCUAGGACAACGACGUGGCCCGUUUAGUCUUGGUCGCACUCGACUAGCGAAUAAAGCCCCAGUCAACUUCUGCUCUCGCCUGCCGUAUUUCAACAUCACAUCCC